AUGACUGAAGACCUGAUCAGCUUCGACGACGACGACAACAACAACAUGAACUCCACUCAGCCCGGGAUGCGCGAUAGUUUUGCGGAUCUUACACGUUUGAUGCGAGAGAAGAAGCCGUAUGCCGUCACGUCACGGGCUCCUUCUGCACAGUCGCCACCAGCUGCUUCUGCACCGCCUCCCCCAGCUGCGCCAAAAGACUCGUCCUCGCCUGACCUGCGCCUCGAACUCAUGAAAGAGCGCCUUAGGAACAUUGAGCUAGAGGAUGAGAUUGAAGGGCUUAAAAACAAGCUUCGCGAGCAACAGGUUCAGCUCGACACUGCUGAAGCUCAGCUUAAGCACCGCGAGAAUCGCCCCAUAGCGACUGGUCUGGAAAGUGAGAAUGAAGAGCUAAAAAUCAAGCUUCGUGAGCAGCGGGUUCAGCUCAAGACUGCUGAAGCCCAACUCAAGCAUUGCGAGAAUCGCCUCCUGGAGAUCACCAAGAACGGCAUGUCACUUCAGGGUGCCGCACACCUCGUCAAGCCAAACGCGAAUACACAGCUACCCAAGACGGUGUUUGCCUGCUCGGAAUGUUAUGCCAAUAACUUGGAGUGCGACAACAAUGCGACAUGCCGCAGCUGUACAGAUCGUGGCGAGACGUGUGCAAGGUGGAGGUGCUCUCUCAAGCAUAGGCUGGGUAACUGCCCUCUUACGCCGUGCAAAUUGGCACACGAUGAGCAGGGAUGGCUGAUGCUGCGCACGGAGAGACCUCAGUGGUAA